AUGGAGUUCUUCUCAGACAACGGCACAAACUUUCAAGCGACAAGCAAGGAGCUGGUCGAGGUAGUCCGUUGUAUUGAGUUGGAGUGUGCUGAUGUUUUCACCGAUGCAAGAACUAGGUGGAAUUUCAAUCCGCCUGCAGCACCGCAUAUGGGCGGUAUAUGGGAGCGGUUAGUAAGGUUAGCGAAGGACGCGCUCAAAGCUCUACAUGAUGGCGGAAAAUUAACGGACGAAAUCUUGCUGACCGUGCUAGCCGAAGCGGAUGAUAUGAUAAACUCCAGACCGCUUACCUAUGUGCCACAGGAGUCAGCCGAAAUCGAAGCCCUCACGCCGAACCACUUGUUUCGUGGUCUUCCUGCUGGAGAGCGCGAGGAAAUCAACUUGCCGACCAGUUCAGCCGAAGCAUUGCGAGACAACUACAAACGCUCUCAGGAGCUAGCGGAUAUAUUGUGGCAGAGGUGGCUGAAGGAGUACAUACCCGCUAUCAACCACCGGACCAAAUGGUAUGCGGAACAAGAACCGAUCAGAGAAGGUGAGUUGGUUUAUUUAAUCGAUGGGAAUAACCGGAGAACCUGGAUUCGCGGUAUCGUCGAGAAGGUCAUCCGAGGCAUCGAUGGCAGAAUACAACGAGCACUGGUAAGAACGUCAAAGGGCUUGUACCAACGUGCAGUUGCCAAACUUGCUGUGAUGGAGUUGAGGAGUAAAUCUGGCCAAAUCCCUAGUACCGGACCAGAGUUACGGGAGGGGGAAUUGUUGGCACCGCCGCUGGGUACUACACCAGUGGGUACAUCACGAGGCUUGCCGGAAAGUGAGGAAUUAAAAAAAGGUCAUCACGAAGUUUCGUCGGCUCCGUCUAUCGUUGACCCUGACAGUGUCAGAAUUCAUUUGAUAGAUCAGUUGCAAGUGUUUCACGAAAAGGUUGUAUUCCGAUCAGUAAAAAAUAUCUCUAAAAUUAUUAUUUGUGACUUUUAA